AAAGCAUUGAGUGACUUGAAAGUGAUCAGACAUGGCUUCGAAGUUGAUUGUCUUUGCUGCCCUCCUGGCAACCGCAGCUGCCGUCGCUGUGGGUCCUCUGGGAUAUCCUGGUUACCCGGCAUACGGUGCCGCUUACGGUCCAGCUGUGGCCAAAGUUGGCAUUGCCGCUCCCAUUGCCAAAAUCGCCGCCCCAGUUGUCGCCAAGGCGGUCGUUGCCGAUGACUACGAUCCCAAUCCUCAGUACAGCUACAGCUACGACAUCCAAGAUGCCCUCACGGGUGACUCGAAGAAUCAACAGGAAUCUCGAAGCGGAGACGUCGUUCAGGGAUCCUACUCUCUCGUGGAGCCUGAUGGCACUCGCCGUAUUGUGGAGUACACAGCAGAUCCCGUGAAUGGAUUCAACGCCGUCGUUCACCGCGAGCCUCUGGCCACCAAAGUCGUCGCCGCUCCAGCUGUUGCCAAGAUCGCCGCUCCCGUCGCCUACGCCCAUCCGGCUGUCGGUGUCGCCAAGUACGGCGUCGGCUACCCAGGUCUCUACCACUAAUC